GGAUACACGCCAUACCUGUUUCUAAAAAGUCCAGAUACUACAAACACUCUCGUGAUGUAUUACUCAUAUGGUGGCGACAACGAGGAGGACGAUCAGGAAGAGGAAGAGGAGGAAGAAAACGACGAUGAAGAAGAAGAGGAAGAAGAGGAGUACGAUUAUGCUAUUGAACUUUACAGGGCAAUAGAGAAAGAUGACAGGAACGCGUUACGCCAACUUCUUGACAAUGGAGCCGACCCGGGGUUGAAGCCUUUCGAGGACAAGUCGAGGGCUCUCCUUCAUAUCUGUUGCGACAAGGGACACAUAGAAUGUGCUAAAAUUUUACUGGAUUAUGAAGCUGCGAUCGCUGUGACGGAUGAAUGGGGUAUGACGUCACUGAUGUAUAGCACGGUGAGGCAGGACAUGGGGAUGACAAAAAUGUUAUUAUCACGUGACUCAGAAAUGGUGCAUUGUCGUGACAUUGAAGGAAAGUCAGCUUUGCACAUGGCCAUUGAAACAGGGCAACCUGAACUAGUGGAACUCCUACUGAACAAUGGCGCAAACGUGAACGCUUCUACAGACAAUGGAAUCUCACCACUCAUGGUACUGUGUAUGGACUCGAACAUUGAAAAUAAAGUGAGGUUAUUACGCAUUCUCAUUGAUGCAGGUGCCGAUGUUUCUCUGAGGGAUUACAAGUGUAAGCGAACCGCUUUGCACAAUGCAGUCAUCAACGGCAAUUUCGAACUGUUUGAAAUCCUAUUAUGUGCAGGCUCCGACCCAAACUUACUAGACGUGACAGGAAGGAGUCCAUUGACAAACCUCAUCUGUAGGCAUGCGCGGAUCACAGAGCGACAGCCUGACGUCAGUGAUGACGUCUUGACCGCCGCCAUUCAGUUAAUACAGGCGGGAACAAAUCUGAACAACAAUUUGUGUGAAUACAGCAACCCUCUGGUCAACGCAGCGUUCGUCAAGGCUUCGAAGUUGGUACGGGUUAUCCUAGACUACGGAGCAGAUCCAGAUGUCACAUUUCGGAGUGGCACAACUGCCUUGCUGGUGUCGGUGCUGAAACGUGACUUGGCAUGUAUUCGAGCGUUACUUGAAUGGAACUGUCGACUUGACAUGAAGGGACGAGUCGCCUUCAACAAAUAUGACGAGCUGGAACUGGAUCCGAUGGAGUUAGCUAUUGAAAAGGGAUUCUGGGAGGUGGUAGUGAUUCUAGUUUCUGCCGGAUAUAGAGUUAGUCGUCUGCCAUACCUGAGACUUGAUUUUACCGGAAACACUCCUAAAUCACUAUCGCUCAAUUCGGAAAUGUACACCUUCCUUCGGAUACAGGCAAGCAAUCCGCUGUUACUGUUUCAUUCGGCAAUACUUGCUGUUUUCAAAGCGUUAAAUACAAACACUCAUGGUAAGUUGAACGAACUCCCUCUUCCGGAAGCUAUAAAAAGAUUUAUGCGUCAGGGUGAAUUUUGUGAACUAGAAAAUGGAGGGAAUUCUAAGGAUAUCGAUACGCUUAAAUUAUACUUUAAAUCAAUGGCAUAUGUGUAAAUAUUAAAUUUGUUUCACAUUUUUAAUUUCGGAAUCAAAAGUAUUCUACAUGUGUUAUUUUGUUGUUUAUUAACCUUUAACAAAACUUAAUCUGAAUUUAAACUUUAUAUUUUAUCGUUUAGGUAUUGGUGAAAUGUAUUACAUAGACCUAAAUGCUUUUGGAAAAAGGCAUUAUAAAAUUACAUCGGUUACGUCCUUUUUUUAAACACAUAUAUGUAUUGUAUAUUGUUUUGUAACCUUCAUGUACAUACAUGUAUGUAGAUAUAUGUAUCUGUACGUAAUUCCGCGGCCAGUUAAAUGUAUUUUUAUGUGUAGUUUCGUAUUUUGCUCAAUGAGAUUUUCAGAAACUGUUGUUUUAUAUUUAUUUGUCUAUUAUGGCCUCCUAAUAUUUCAGUGACAACAUUUUUCACGUCAUUCUUUAUUAUAAAAGUGUAUUGUAGCUUUAUUCAUAAAUCUAAAUGACUAUAAUUUUAAGGACGCUCUUCCGGUAAAUAAAAAUACAUAGAUAAACUUGUAUAAUAGACACGAUGAUACAGUAUCUUAGAAUAUUUUUUCUCGUGGGCUAUUCGAUUGCCAACUCCCAGUGAGUAUUUCACGUGCCCAAAAUGUGUUUAAUCCAUAUCGACAGAAUACCAAAACAAAACAAGAAACAAAACAAAAACAAAAACAAUAAAUAAAAAGAAAGCGAAAAAAGAGAAAAAAAAAUAGAAAACAAAAUAAGAACAAAGUAAUUUUCCCGCCCGAAUUUUUAGGUCCUGUUUGACUCUAUGGAGUAAAUCUGAAAUGUUUCUGAACGAGGUUGUGAUACCCGUUAGAUAUGUCAUCACAUGCAUAUUACACGAAGACAAAGACGUGGUCGUUUUUUAAUCAUCCUCAUUUAAAGCAAGGCUUUGUUGAUGAUAGUGUAACUACUGAUUUUAAAUAAAACUUCAUCAGUACAUGCAGAGAUACUCACUCUAUGCAAGUGUACGUAGUAUCUAACGGAAGGUUUAAAGCUGUAAGUGAAGUGAUAGAAUUUUUGUUAAAGGGAUAUUCCGGACAAGUUGUUAUUUCUAGAAGGUCUUUUGUAGCUCUUAAGAAUCAUUCCUUGUAACUUUUUCAAGUAUCGUCAACAUCAAAAUAUCUUUCCUGUAGUCAGUUCGGAUAAUUAAGCUUUUUCAGAAAAAAAAACACCAAGGCUGUUUCAAAAUUAGACCACCUAAAAAUAGUACAUUUACCACGUGACUGAAUCCAUUUAGUCACCGUUGUGUUGGUUCAGUUGUAAACCUGUUGUGACGCAAUCAUGGCCAUUUAAAAGUCACCUAGCUUUAUCAAUAUAGAAUUCUACACAUUAGAUUAUGGAGAAUUGAUUUUAUGUCGGAUAGAGGCGAUUUUCCUUAUAAAUAAAUACUUAUGUAAAAUAUAUAGUUUUCAUAAAACAACAUGCAACGAAAUCAGAACUUUUCCCGAAUAUAUCUUCAAAGUCCCGUUGGUCUAAUAUUCAAAAAUGUGAAACUGAUUUGUUUUUUAGAAGAUGAUGUGUUGGCAAAAAGAAUUGGCUGUAAAAACAAUUCUUUAAAUUUUACAAAGAGAAAUAAUUUUUGCAAAUUUGUAGUACACUUGUUCAAUAGUCGACCAAAAAAAACAGUAUUCUAUCUAACAUAACGUUUUAUCGCCUCUCAUAAGUCGAUUCAGAUUGGUGGUAGAUACUUUUGAUACGUACGCACGUGUUUUACUAUGCUGUUACUGUACAUGUAAAUCGUAUUGGUGAUUUGUAAAUUAAAUAUUUGAUUUUAAA